AUGGGAGCACUGCUUGACCGACGGGUAGAUUUUGCACUGGCAGCAUUGGGAGCCUGGCAUCCGUUCCAUAAAUAUUUCAGCUUUUCCGAUCCUAUAAUGCAGAUCGGAGUUGGCUGCCUUACUCCAAAACCUAAGUUGAUCAAACCGUGGAAAAUAGUAUUUCUUAUGUUCUCUAGGCCAGUAUGGAUCUUGAUUAUCAUCACCUUUUCCGUCAUUUCUCUAUUUGAAUAUGCUUCAUCAGUAAUUUUUAAGAAACCUGAAGCAAAUCAACAACGCAAAAGUUUACCGCGUAGCUUUAUCAAUGUUUUCGGAGCUUUUCUGCUACUACCAGCCGAAUUAGGACGGACUCGAGUUUCGGAAAUAAUUUUUUCAGUAUCCUUACUUCUGGUGACCUUCAUUACCGGUUACGUUUACAUAGGGAAAAUUCACAGCUUCCUCGUGAUUCCGGUGUUUCAGCUACCGAUUGAUACCAUUUCUGACUUUGCCGUUAGUCACCUGCCAUGGUAUGGUCGUCAUGAUGCCUGGAUUUAUGCUUUAAACGGUUCUGAAAACUAUCACAUUGAAAGUAUCCUGAACACCUAUCGUACUGAUUCUUCUGCAUCACUGCAGGAGCUGGCGAACCAGGGGGAUGUAGGAUUUGUUUUGGGUGUCCUAAACUACGGUCACUUUAUGGUGGGUUCAUGGUUGACUGCCGAAAAUUCCGAACAGUAUAGACUGAUGUCGGAGCUGCUGUACUACGAGUACGACACGGGAUACGCAACCAAAACUUGGCCCCUGUUGGGUAAUUUCAACGACCUUGCCAUGUGGAUACGCGAAGCUUGCCUCUACCGAUACGUCGAAUUGAUAGAAGUUUACAAGUACAUGAAUUAUCGCGUUCAGAGUUCUAUUGAACAUUCCAGAGACAAACAGCAGUACAGCUUGAAGCCAUUAGCUGUGGAGGAAAUUUCCGGCGGUUUGAUGCUUUUCUGUUGUGGAAGUUUGAUUGCGAUCACACAAUCCGACGUCGCUGAAAACUACGCGCAUUCGCUUAAAACUGCGCUGCUGGAAGUGGGCAAUCUGAUUGAAACCACUUUGGGGGCUGUUGGAGCACCCUGA